GGCAACGGUCGUCCCGCGCGCGCGCUCUCUGCAGUCGACGGUCGUCCCUCGCACGCGCCCGCGCUCUUUGCCGACCGUCGUCCGCCGCCUCACCGAUCCCUUUGCCACCGACUCGCGCGAGUCAGCUCCGGCAAGGCGAAUAAUAUUAUUGUCAUCGCAGCCGCCACCGCUCCCCCGUCAGUCGUCACGGCCAUCGUACAACGUACACACAUUGCACCGACCGACGGCCGUCGUCCCGCGCGUACGCUACACGAUCGCAACGCGGAACCAGCGACGCUGCUCCAUCCCUCCCGCCCGCCGACAAACACCGACCGACAGCCAGUCAGCCACACGACCGUCUCCCGCCCGACGCGUUUGUCCGUCGUGUCCUUAAUGAACGCAGUCACCAUACACGGGCGUCAUAGAUGUUAAUUGUCCUGUUAAAACCGAUAGGGAUACUAUGUUCCUACAUAUUUAAAGCAAUGGGACAAAGCCUGGUCAUCGGUUCGGAUCGAUCAGCCAGACGAAAGAAACAAAAAGGCGAUGGCAGUGUGCCCGUCGACACGCCGACCGUGUCGCUCACGGCGGCUUCCAUGACCGACCUAGACAAUAUUACUCAGCACCAGAUAGUCUACAAAAAAAUGGAACAACUGAUGGACCGGAUGCAGGACGAAAACACCGGCAUCCCUGUGCGUACUGUCAACAAGUUCAGAGCUAAAGUACCUUCUGUGUUUACCGGUACUGAUUUGAUAUUAUGGAUAAUGAAGAACGUGGAUGUUGAUGAUCAAGUUGAAGCAUUAUACUUUGCAAAUCUUUUGUCAUCUCAUGGUUACUUGUUCCCAAUUGAUGAUCAUUUUCUGAAUGUGAAGAAUGAUGGAUCUUAUUAUCGUUUUCAAACUCCUUAUUACUGGCCGUCAAAUAUAUUUGACCCUGAAAAUACUGAUUAUGCUGUAUAUCUGUGUAAAAGGACAAUGCAAAACAAAACACGUUUAGAAUUGGCGGAUUAUGAAGCUGAAAACUUAGCAAAACUUCAAAAAGUUUUAUCUCGAAAAUGGGAAUUUGUAUUCUUACAAGCAGAGGCCCAAAGUAAAGUAGAUAAAAAACGAGAUCGCAUGGAAAGAAAAAUAUUAGAUAGUCAAGAACGUGCAUUUUGGGACGUACAUAGACCAAUGCCUGGUACUAUAAUAACAACAGAAAUUGACUAUAGGAAAUUAAAGAGGUAUAAAGAAUUAUCUACUUUGGCAAAUGGAGAUAUUAACUUACUACCUAUACAGCUCCCAGUAAAAACUAACAUAGGUAAACCUACUAUUGAAUCUAUAAAAAAAGACAUAACUGCAAUGCGGCUAAAGCUUGAUCGCCGUAAUAUAAAACUAUCAAAAAUUGCAGACACAUACAUUACCUAUUUUGAACAGUAUGCAGAAUAUGAUCCAUUUUUUACACCUCCAGAAUUUAGCAACCCUUGGUUAUUAGAUAAUGUUGAAGUAUGGGAUUGUGACAAGCAUUCUUCUCUGUUUUCGUAUAGGAAAGAAGUUACAGUGCGUAGAAUAAAACGAUGGGCAUUUAGUCUAAAAGAACUUCUAGCUGAUCCUGCUGGAAAGGAACAUUUUACAAAAUUCCUGGAAAAAGAAUUUAGUUGUGAAAAUUUAAAAUUUUGGGAAGCAGUACAGAAUCUUAAGAAAUUACCACAACGUGAAGUGCCUCAAGCUGCCGAAGAAAUCUGGGCAGAGUAUCUAAGUGGUGAUUCACUAAACAUUGACUCUCAGUCAAGAGAAUUAAGCCGAAAGAACAUGUCUGCUCCUGAUAGAUGGGCAUUUGAUAUUGCUGCCGUUCAUGUUUACCAUUUAAUGAAGAGUGAUAGCUACCAGAGGUAUAUAAGAUCAGAAAUGUAUAAAGAAUAUUUAAAUACUUCAAAGAAAAAGACUUCCAUGAAAGGCAUUAGGUCUAUUGUAUCAUUUUCUGGAAAAAGAGAUAUUUGCCCAUCGUGAUGGUAUGCGUACUUAAAUUAUUCAAAGUACCUAUUCAAUACAGUUCAAAUAUUUGGAACAUUAUUUACUUUU